GAACGUAGAAGAAGAAUUCAGCUGUUUUUGUUUUAUACCGUUGGCUGAUAGCGGACAGCAUUUUAUUGUUACGCCCAGACAAACCAAACUUUGAUUUGAAAAAACUAUAUAUUUGGGAGAUUAAUUAAGGCAAACACAGCUUCAUGUGUUUUCUGCAGUGGUAAAGAUGGCAGGUAGGCACAGGCUGGUCUCCUGUCUGUGUCUGGGUCUGUUUGGUGUCCUGUGCUGGGUCUGGGUCUCCUUUGCCUCCUUUCCAGAUGAUCAGCUUUCCCUGGAGGCCUUGGAUGCAGUGGAACGAGGAGCCUUUCAACCCCAGAGUGCUCUAUCUGAGAUGGAGUUUGCCUCCAUCAGUUCAUACAGAGGACCUGGCAACAGUGACCGCCGCAGCAAUAAGGAGCUGCCCAUUCUCCUCUGGUGGAGUGGGGGACUGUUCCCACAUUUUCCUGGUGACACUGAACGCAUUGAUUGCACCACAUCCUCCUGCCUGGUCACAAGCAACCGCAAGGUGCAACUGUACAAACGGACAGCAUCCAUCAUCUUUUAUGGGACAGACUUCAGGGCAUAUGAGGCACCACUACCUCGACUCCGCCACCAGACCUGGGCACUGUUUCAUGAAGAGUCACCCAUGAAUAACUACAUACUCUCCCAUGGACCAGGAAUUCGACUGUUCAACUACACCGCCACAUUUCGGAGGGAGUCCGACUAUCCUCUGACCCUGCAGUGGCUACCCUCCCUGGACUACCUGCUGGAGCCUGUAGCGGUGUCCCUAGAGGAGAAGAACCGCCUGAGGAGGGAGGGUCUGGCUCCUGUGCUUUACAUGCAGUCACACUGCGAUGUGCCGUCAGACAGAGACAGAUAUGUCAAGGAGCUCAUGAAGUACAUUGAGGUGGAUUCUUAUGGGAAAUGCUUGAACAAUAAACCAAUACCUGAACAUUUGGAGGACACAGCCACUGCUACCGGCGAGGAACCCGGGUUCAUGAAUUUUGUUACACGCUACAAGUUCCACCUGGCAUUAGAGAAUGGCCUUUGUCCAGAUUAUAUGACGGAGAAGCUGUGGCGGCCUCUCCAUCAGGGCUGUGUGCCUGUCUAUCGAGGCUCCUCCGUGGUGGCAGACUGGAUGCCCAACAACCAUUCUGCAGUCAUCAUAAAUAACUUCCCCUCGCCAAAAGCUCUUGCUGACUUCCUCAAACAUCUUGAUGAGAAUGAUGAAGAAUAUGUCAAAUAUUUAGAGUUCAAGAACCCCAGACACAUUACGAAUUCACUCUUGCUGGAGGCUCUAGAGACUCGUGAGUGGGGGGUUAAUGACAUGAGUAAACCUAACUACUUGAAUGGGUUUGAAUGUUAUGUGUGUGAUCAGGAGAAUGCGCGAUUAGCAGCAGAACGAGCAUUUAGGAAAGCCCCCAAGAAAAACCAACCUCCUCAGCCUCAAAUGGCCGAUAACUCUCACAUGGGAUGCCCCCUGCCCAGCCCAGGGUACGGAGAUGUGCAAGACCUACCUGCAGAUGAUGGAUGGUUACAAAUAUGGCCUCAGGAUUACUGGCAGAGCCUGGACCAAGCAGAGGGGCUGGAGUCUCUGAUAAGACAUAACGAGUCAGACCCUUCCCUGCUGUGGAAGCACAUCCAAACUAUAGCCAUGAGCCGAGCCAGAGGAAAACACUGACACAGGCCUCGAAACAAACAGAGGAUGGAGCACAUCCAGAAUUACAGGGGUGUCCCAUAUUACCCCCUCUGUUUAAAUGAGGGAAUGAAGCAGAAAUGACUCAUUUAUGCACCUGAGUCAAAACUCCUAUCUAUAGACAUUGUACUAAGCUGAUGUGAUACUUUUUAUUUGUUCUUUAUCCCAAAUGCAGUAAUGGGAAGAUGUUUUAGACUGCUCUGUGCUAAUAUUUUCACAUUGUUUUAUGGCUGAGAUCCCAUCAUUACCCAUUUUCCUCCUUGAAAUGUUAACAUUAACUACAUGCAGUGCAGUUGUUCCAGAAAGGCAUGUACUCACAGGAGGCACAGUUUCAUUGGACUGGGGCAGAGCCAGAAUCCUGCCCUCUGUACCCCAGGAGCUGCGUCUAACCGAGUGUAAAGACAGUAGCUAAUGAACUGCAUUAGCUUCUUUAAAGUUACCCAGCAGGUAGGUGAUGGUUAUUAUAGUUACAUUUCUGUACACAGCUUUUAAGUCACUAUGCAAGGAAAAUGUUAUUUCACCAAGAAGUGGAGAACAUCAGAUUUAAAAGUUAAGCACAAGUGGGAAAUCACCUCUCCAAAUGAAAACUAGCUCUCAGGAACAGCACGUCAUUACUGUACUAGAUACUGUAUAAUACAGCUACACUUGUUUUCUGUUCCAGGAUGCCAAGAUCAUCUUUAUGUACAAUAAUUCUUUAAUCCCAGUUUUUUAAACAUGUAACUGCUUGGGACGGUCUUCUGUGUCUACUGGUGCACUACCUUUGUAUCACUUUCAUACCAGGAUCAUAAAAAUCAUUUUAUUUUGUUAACAAAGCAUCAUGUAUGUGAACACACUAGUUUGUAUCAAGAACAAAAGUAGUAAACACUUUGUAACAUUCAUUUUCUUCCAUAACUGUUGAUAAAUUACAAUUAGUACCCCAUUUGCCACU